AAUACCCUUCUCUUCUCUCGGAACACGCGGCGCACUCCUCUCAUAAAGAGCAGCGCAGCGCUACCCUCUCAGUCUGUAGAAGCCGCCAGUCCACGCUCCAGAAAAAAAAGGCACCACCUUUCUUCGCUCGUGACACCGCAGCAGAGCUUCCCCCGGGAGAGAGAGAGAUGGCGAUGCGGGUGCGGGCGGCGCUGGCGGUGCUGCUGAUGGCGGCGAGCGUGCUGGCGGCGGGCGCGGCGGCGCAGUCGUCGGGCACGCCGGCGUGCGCGUCCAAGCUGGUGGGCUGCGCCAGCUCCAUGAACGGCACGGACGCGGAGAAGCCGCCGGAGACCUGCUGCGGCCCGCUGAGGGACGCCGUCAAGAACGAGCGGGCCUGCCUCUGCGCGCUCUACGCCUCGCCCGAGAUCUUCAAGGCCUUCACCAUCAACGUCACCGACGCGCUCCGCCUCUCCAAGCGCUGCGGCGUCACCGAGGACGUCAGCAGCUGCCCCAGCACCUCUCCGACGAACUCUCCUCCAGGUUCAAGUUCUUCUCCAUCAGGUGGCAAGAGCGCCGGGCACCGUACCAUGUCGGCCAGCUUCGUGGGGCUGAUGAGCCUGUUCCUGGUCCUGUGGUCUGCACUGGCAUAAGCAUGUUGGACAUGUUCUUCUGUCAGCUUAUCCUACGGUAGAUGAUUUGCAGCUGUGGUGGUUCUUGGUGGUGUCGUUGCAUUUGUUUUGCUGUGCAUUGGUUGGUGUUGCCAGUUCAGUAGACUUCCUGUGAACAAGUAUCUCGGCACUCUAUUCAGACCUGUGAUAACCAGAGCAGAGUGGGAAUUGUGUGAGACGUAUUUCGGCUUCACUAUUUUAUUUCCUUUUUGGAUUUGUGCUAAUAAGAGGAGGGCACUGACGCCUAGAACUUGAUUUAAA